UACAAACCAAACCAUUUCACGAGAAUUGUGUGUGUGUGUGUGUGUUAUAUAUAUUUACAUAGACACGAAGACAUAGUUAAAAGAAGAUCAUUCUGAUCUGACAAUGGGUAACGUUGCCGGUUCUCGGGAGUUGGAUGCGGCAGCGAUGGCUGCCGGAAAAGUUGUAUUAUCUGAUGGAAGAGUACAAAAUUUAGAGGAAGAGACGACGGUGGCUGAGAUCAUGCUGGAAAAUCCGCAACACGUGGUUGUCGAAUUUGAUCCGUCAUCAAUAUCAUUCAACAAUCGCCACCGCAAAAACAACGACGCUGCAAAAUCGGUGAAGAAAAAGCUGGCUCCUUUGCCGGCGGACAAAACACUCGAGCCGGGGAAGAUCUAUUUGGUGCUCCCCGCCAAAAGAAGCUAUAGCGGUGCCACCAAAUCAUCAUCAUCGUCGGCAGUGCUGACGUCAGAGGAGAUGCGGAAAAUGCUAUUUAGCGCCACGGCGAUGGUAAGGUCAUCGUUUAGCUACUAUGAAGGGAUUCUCCCUUGGUUUACUACUAGAACUAAUAAGAAUAUUAAUCCGGCCGCCUACGCGGUGGUUGCUGCUACAUCGGUUGGAAGGUUGGAGGCGGAGAUGGACGAGGAAGAAAGGCCGGAGUUUUUGAGCAGGCAACUGUCGGGAAGAGGGUGGAAACCAAGCUUGGAUCCUAUUAAAGAGAAGAAAGCAAAGAAGAAAAUGCAUCAACGGUUCUUGUUUUAAAUACGGCGUCGUUUUAUUUAUAUCAUUUUCCAAGUAAGUAUUUUGUAUUUGUGUGUGUGUUUUGCGCUAAAAUUGUAAAUCGUUUCUAUACGUGCGUGCGUUUGUGUCUGUACGCCGGUCACGAGAAACUCACGUGAAUCCCAGAAACCUCUGUUUCGAUUUAUACUUGUAGUGACUGCUGUAGUAGUGAGUGUAUACUAUGCAAAACUCAACUUUUAUAUCUUCAUUGUAUCGAGGUCCUCUAUGUGCCUAUAUUGUUCAUCGUUAUAGUUCUCUCGGCUAACAAACCUUUCCGAUGA